CUUACACACGCCUUCCUCACCAGCUGUUGUGAUGUAUUCCUUCCUGGGGAGUAAUGGAGGAAGAUCUUGAGCAGCCGUCCCAAGGCUGGCUAGGUGGCUGGCUGCCUGCGUGGCGACCCACCUCCAUGUCCCACCUCAAGAAUGUGGAAGCUCGGAUCCUGCAAUGCCUCCAGAACCGUUUUGCGGCCCGCUACAUAUCCCUCCCAAGCCAGGCCAAGAUCUGGACCGUAUCGCUGUCUCCGGAGCGGGGCAAGGGACGGACCCCACUGGUGAUGGUGCAUGGCUUUGGCGGGGGCGUCGGGCUCUGGAUCCUCAACCUGGACCCGCUGAGCAACUUCCGCCCUCUCCACGCCUUCGACCUGCUCGGCUUUGGACGCAGCUCCCGGCCCCCCUUCCCCCGCGACGCCCAAGGGGCGGAGGAGGAGUUCGUGAGCUCCAUCGAGGCCUGGCGCCGGGAGAUGGGCAUCCCCACCAUGAUCUUGCUAGGCCACAGCCUCGGGGGCUUCCUGGCAGCCUCCUACAGCUUGCAGUACCCAGAGAGGGUGAAACAUCUGAUCCUCGUGGACCCCUGGGGCUUCCCCACACGGCCGUCCGACCCGACUCAGAUCCGUAACCCCCCGACCUGGGUCAAGGCUGUGGCGACGGUGCUGGGACGCUCCAACCCUCUGGCUGUGCUCCGAGCGGCUGGACCCUGGGGUCCUGGGCUGGUGCAGCGCUUCCGUCCAGACUUUAAGCAGAAGUUUGCUGAUUUCUUUGACGAUGAUACCAUCUCGGAAUACAUCUACCACUGCAACGCCCAGACGCCGAGUGGCGAGGCAGGGUUCAAGGCCAUGACGCAGGCAUUCGGUUGGGCCCGGCGCCCCAUGUUGGAACGCAUCCACCUGGUGCGGCGGGACUUACCCAUCACCCUCAUCUACGGCACCAAUUCCUGGAUCGAUACCAGCACCGGGGAGAAAGUCAAGCACCUCCGACCGGGCAGCUACGUCUGUGACAUGGCUAUUCCAGGUGCCUCCCACCACGUCUACGCCGACCAGCCCCACGCCUUUAAUGCCGCUGUGGAACGGAUCUGUGAUUCUGUUGACUGACUGGGCGUGGGCCAGAUGAAGAAAGAUGCUUCCUUUUCUGCAGCACCCCCCAACCCGGUUGUUGGGACGCGCACAAGACACUCAGAGCCUUCCUGCACCCCAAGGAGCGGAAACUCUUAACUCCUGAUGCAAGUUGAUCUUGGAGGAAAUCCCACCCUCUGCUCUUCCCCCGCUUGACUUUCCCCUGAAAUCUUCAUUUUACUUAAAGGUUGCAGGCCCUCCUGCGUUGGGUUAACCUUAGUUCUAACCAUUUUAUUUUCUCCUAAUUUCCUGUGGCUCCUGGUUUGCUUUAUGCUACAUCCUAGAGUAGGUUCCUCCUGGAGUGCCUUGUCUGUCUUGUCCUAGCAACGGUCCCGUUUGCUCGCUUUCACUUUUAUUACUUCCAGCCCUUCUUUAUUCCGUCCGUCGUGCUCCUGCGAAACCAUCCCAAGUCUUUUGUGCCGGAACAGCUACUUUUAAUCCCCGUUGCUCCCCCUGACCUCAUGACGAUAACACUGGAAUAAGGCUGCUCUACACCGGUCUCUUGGGACAGACAUUCGGACAAAGAGGUUGCUAUCAUCCCUGUAGGCGAUACAAUUGCUGAUCCAAUCGGCCGAGGCCGCAUGGCGCGUGAAGCUGGGAGGGAAUGCAAUGGCUUUUCCUUCUGGCGGACGCCGUCUUUUGGCUUGCCUAAAUCAAGGAGAAGGCCUGGGUUGAGGGGGAAUGGCGUAUCGUUGGGAGUUUCUUCUCCUUGAGUGGGCACCGGUAUAUAACGGUGCCCCAUUAACGUUCAUUGACUUGAUGGAACGUGGGGUGUGUCAUAUCUCUUCACCAAAGGCCGAGCAUUGCCAGAAGAUGGCGUGGGCGUGGCAAGAGAGUCUCGGACAUCCUGCCCGGCCAUGUGAUGCUACGGGAGAUCAUGCCUGAUGGCUACUGAGGUCCUGCUUCACAGGCAGGGGACGGACGCCCCAAGUCCAUAACUCAUCACUGGGCUUGGGAAGCAGGGAUGGGGCUAGAAGGAAAUCUUGCUUCCCAGCUUGACUUGGGGACAGGAAAACAGGAAGGGCAGUAGUGGUUCAAAGCCCCCAAAUGGAGGAACCCCACAAAAAUGUCCAAAAAAGGGCAAAGGGGUAGGGGAAAAGAGUGUUUUCAGUACAAUAAAAGAACUCCAAUGUGUUUUGGACCUUUCGGUCAUUCAUCAGGGUCAUUAGUUAGAAUGUAAGGGAUGUCUAUGGAGACUGGGGAUUGUGAAACAGACCCUUACAUUCUAACGGGAGUGGAUCAAGCGUCCUCCUUCCCAAGUCAAUGGAGGAUCGGAGAGCCCUACGGUUACCAGGUGCUCUUCUAAAAGAGGAAUGUCCCGACCCUAGAACUCUCGGGGCAGGGUGUCAACCAGGACGAUAGCUCAACGUUCUCCAUGAGACAUCGGGCUUGCCAUUGUUUGAGCUGUUCACAGCCCUGGGCUGCAAGAAAAGCGGACCCCUGCAAUAUCUCAACCGGCGUUGGGAUGGGAAUUUCAUGGGGUGUGUGUAUGUUUUAAUUACUCUCCUCCGCCGCCAUAAUUCUGCUGUAAUUAACUGCCAUCCAUUUUGUUCAGCUUUGGAAAAAUGUAGGUGGCGGUUACCUUUCGGUAGGAUUUGAGCCACGCUAGUGACUUCUCUUGGCAGGACAAGCAAAGGAGACGGAGAGGGCUUUUUCGGAGCUUAGAGCGUUGGGAAUCUCUGCGCUCUCGUUGGUUCCAUCUAGGGGGAUUCCACACGUCGUACUGAGGCCGCUUCCAUGCGGCCCCAGUGCGACCCCAAAGCGAUCGUGAAACU